CCUCACACACAUACCUUGGAGGAGCUAAGACAGCACUGAGUUUUAAACUCUCUAUAAUUGUUCCUGUAGCUCAGCUAUCAAGAAUAGACUACAGAGAAAACUGGCCAAGACUCCUGGUACUUAUCUCACCAUCAGCCUACCUGAUCUCCAAAGUGGUAUAUUAUAAGUGCUGUAAACAGGCGCCCCCUACAGAAGAG